AGCAGCAGGAGGAGGAGCGGAAACAACAGCAGCAGCAGGAGGAGGAGCGGAAACAACAGCAGCAGCAGCAGUAGACGCAGCAGCAGCAGCAGCGUCCCCGUGGUGGCCAUGGGCUGGAGACGUCUCCCUCGCCCAGCUGGGUCAACGCCCGCCUUGUAGCCCUUGCUGCUGCUGCUGCUUUCAUAACCUCCUCCGCCUCCUCCUCCUCCUCGCCCUUCCACCUCCUCCCCGCUCCUCCGCCGUGGGGUAAGCAAUGCCCCCGGCCACCGAGGCCGGCCAGGCCGGGGGUCUCCGCCGGGCCCGCUCGGCGGCCAGCGUGGCCGUCUCCCCGGCGGCCUCGGGGCCCGUCUCGGGCUCGGGGGCCGAGCGCUCCGCGUACGGCGGCGGCGGCGGCCGCCGUCGAGAGAGCGGCGCCACCGCCUCCAAUGGGCACCACCACCGCCACCACCCCGGGCAGCAGCAACGGCAGCAAGGGGAGAGCGGCGGCGGCGGCAGCGGCGAGAGCGGGGAGAGCGGGGAGAGCGGCCCGUGCAGCUUCCACGUGAACCGCAGCGGCUUCCCGCUGGACGAGGCCACGUGGGAGCGCCUGUGGCGCCACGUGGCAAGCGCGCACCCCGCGGGCGGAGACGCCGGGCGCAGCAUCCGCGGAGAGGCCGCCCUGGCGCAGCCUCCAUUUCCAGCUGUGCCGACAUUUCGACCGUCUAUGCCGAUCCCUGAGCGCCUGCUGGCUGUGCAGAUCUACAUGCGAGAACUCCAAUAUAAUCACACUGGGACUCAGUUCUUUGAGAUUCGCAAAAGCAGGCCGUUGGUUGGGCUUAUGGAUGCCGCUCGUGAGAUGGUGCAAGAAUCGCUUCCCAUCAAGUGUCUGGAAGCCGUCAUACUGGGAAUACACUUGACCAAUGGGAUCCCGGGCGUGGAGCGCUUCCCCCUCAGCUUCAAGUCGCAGUUUUGCGGGCGGACGUUCCGCCACGUGGUGCUGGGCGUCUACCACAACGGCCGCUUCGGCUCGCUGGGCAUGAGCCGGCGGCCCGACCUCAUGCACAAGCAGCUCACGUUCCGCUCGCUCUACGACCUCAUCGCCGACUUCCAGGAGGCGUACCGGGGCUACCUGCACACGGUGACGCGCAUCAAGGUGGGCCUGUCGGUGCCGCACGACUCGCAGAGCUUCGAGACCAUCGCGUGGGGCCACCUGACGCUCGACACGCUGCGGACGGGCGCCGCCGAGACGCGCAGCCGCUUGGAGCGCCACAGCAGGGACAUCCGCUGCAAACUGCGUAAGAGUCUCUUUGGGGUUCCGUCUCCACCGAGGGAUCGUCGCCGGGGCAAGUCGGUGUCCCCGCACCGAGGGUUGAGCAGCGUGCUCGGCAGGCCCGGACGAGACGAUGGACUGUGCACGCCCGGAGGGAGGAAGUCUGCAAUGCCGGUCACCCUCACCGAGAGCGGCUACCAGAUCCGAGUGUGACCCAGCGAGGCGGCGAUGAUGCGCAGCGGGAGCUUGGAGGCCGCCUCUCCCAUCGUCGCAGAAGCCUUCCGGCUGCGAGCUCGCACCAAGGACGCUACUUGACGCGACGGAUAUCGAGCCCUGAUCGAUGCGCGUCUCCGUUUUCUUCUUUCAACGUCUUUACCUGGGAUUCCCUUCACUGCGCGGAAGCUGUGUUUGCAGGAGCGAGGGGCGGCACAGGCUGGCUCGCGCGUGGACACCGGUUUCUUUGGGGACGUGUCGCCAGCGAUAGCUCCGCGGGGAGGGGGAUUUUAAGGCAGACAGCAGAAGUUAGAUUGUGGUAUUGUAUGCUCGGCUAGGGAUAAUCAAAACUAGAUGGGUUUUUUUUCUUCCCAAUUUACUAUAAUGUGUUUUUAAAUAGAUAAAAGUGGUUUAUUUGAAUCCAUCUCUCAUGAGAAUGAAUUUGAACCAAAAAGGGACAUGGUCCCACGUGCAUGCUGUUUUGAUACGAAGUGCGAUUUGAUACUUUAAAAGUACUGAGGUACGGAAGCAAUCUAAACUUUGUAAUCCCCAUGUAGAUGUAACAAGGCAACUUUUUACUUCCUUAGAAUAGUUGUUUUCAAUAGCUUAUUCUUAUCUGCAUUAGAUGUGGGAAAAUUACGAUUGCGUACAGUAGGGUCCAUGAUUCAGACAAUCUUACGGGCACUGAAAGGAGUUAUAGGAAAUAAAACUUGUUGGCUCUUGGAUGAGAAAAUGUACUGAACUCUAAAUGAGGAUCAUAGGCAGGCCUCCCCACUAAACAACGGCCUGUGUUGAAGGAAAUGCUAUGAGUGAUGCCACCAGGCUUGUAUACUCUGAUAAUCAUUAUUAUAAAAGCAGCAUUAAAAUUACAGCCAUUGGUAAACCACUGGUGGAUUAACCCCCCGUCCCCUCCCUUGCACCACGUUGGUCACGGUUUCAUGUCGUUAUUUUGUUUUGACCAUUCAAAGUGUGCGUCGCGAUGGGGAGGAAUGGCUUCUGACAUCACUCGUGAAUGAUUGGCCGUGAAUGGGAGCCGCGACACGGCGAGCUGGGUUUACAGCAGGCUGCCCACUGACAGCCGCCGCCGCUCCGGCCCGCGGCAGCGCUACAGAUUCGCAGACUUUUCACUCCCCAGGCUUGCCCAGCCCGAGCACUGUGUGCCCCCUUGUCCUACCCGGCAUCGUGAACUCCCUCUCCGUCGAGGAGGCGCUCACGUGGACUGAGAUGGGAACUCAGGACACGUGCUUGGGCGGUGUGGGCAGCUGACCUCACAAACAGUGCCGCUGCCUGUUGUAGCAAUUAUUGUUUUUAGACUGCUGUAUAAGGUUUGCAACUCCCAUGUAUUGAAUAUGAGGAACAGCUGACCACUUGUUUUUUUUCCAUAGACUUAAUUUAUUUUAUUCUUGGAGGAAUGCCAUACAACCACUUUUGCUUUGCAGGGAUUAGGGCUGCGGCUGUAGAGCAUUAGUAAGAAUAGUUCAGGCCAGGAUUUGGUAUUUCGCUGUGCAAAAUCUCUUGGCCAAAUGGCAAACAGAAAUCUCUCAUUUAAGUAACAUCGAUACCUAGACAUUGGUUCUCAGGGACACGCUUUGAAUUAAAUUGGACGGGUUUUUUUAAUAGAGAGAAGAAUGAAAGGGCCACUGGCUAAAUGUAAAAUCCAUGCAAGCACAUUGUCAAGGAGCUUGGGUGUGUGUGUGUGAGCGUACAUUAAUCAUUACAUUCUUAAAUGGGCGCGAUUCCAUGGAUAAUGGAAUCCAACUUAUCACUGAAAACACAUGGCAAAAAAAGUUACAAACACUAAAGAAACAAAUAGCACAAUAUAUUCUGUUGCGUUUAAGUUUACUUUUUAAUAUAGUUUUAAGUGUAGAAUCCCACAAGAGUGUCAAUUUGCUCAUUAAAAUCAUGAAGACUGACACACUUUUUUAUAUAUAGCAGGGGCGGUUUUACACAGUUAUUACAUUUCAUUUAAAAUAAAUACAGCAGAGCUUGUGGAUCUGUUUCAAAUACUGCCUCAUACCUAGACAUAACCACCAGCCGUGCUUUAACAUUAUGGCCUUAAUCAGACGGUUACAUUAUCAAGCAUACUUAUUAAAGAUACAUUUCUGUCCACUGCCGUGACUGAGAGAUUGAGGUGGCAGUGUUGUUACCUGUGAUACAUCCAUCAUGAGGCGGGGCCGCACAGGGCAAUGCUGCGCAAGGCUGCGUUUGCGAGCGAAUGGUAACACGUCCGAGUCGGGGUGUCCCGCAGUGUUUGGAGGAGGCAGGCGUGUUAUGAAGAUAAAAGUGCAGCCCCGAAAUUGCUUGUCCACUCCACUGCUAGCAGAAGAGCCUCCACUCGAGGGAGAUCCAGAGAGCACCUCUAUUGAACCUUGUCUAUUUCCAGACGUCUUCGAACAAGUGGAAGUAUCCACACUCCACCCCACCACAUGUGACCAGCGGACCGACUCAUUAGAAUUAGCAUCCAGCGAUCACAACACGGGGUUAUAAAAGGUAGCGGAUACAUUCACUUUUUGUUGGUGGGUGAGGGAUGUUAUGGAGAGACACCACCUGUUGUGGCUCUGUUACAAGCCGCAGCUGUCCCUGGAGUAUGAAGGCACAAAGCAUGAAUGAAGGCGGGUAGUUCCCAUAUUUAGACAACCACUGGUAUGUGUCCUGGAGGAUCGGUUGCACUCGACCGUAGUAGUUUGCAUCUCGUACUAUAUGUGAAUAUUUACACAGCAAACGGGGGAAGAUGGCGUUCCAUUUUGAUGAAGGAAUGAUAAGGUUUAAGAGAACACACCGUAGACUUUCCUGGACCUCGUACAAUGACCGAGUGUGCAGCUUUAACAAUAAAUCCCAUUGUAAAUGACAUGUUUCAGACAACAGCGAAAGACAAUAUUUUAUUUUUUUCAACACUCCAUGGCGAGAACAUUUGCCUUCUGUCACGGCUGUGAUGAGCGGAUUGAUUUUUCGUUCUGGUAGAAGGGCAAUUUAUUUCAAUACUUGGCAGAAAAAAGCAACACGAUUAUAAUUAUCAAUAUUUAAUGCUGAAUUGGCUAUUUACCGCAGCACAAAUCAAUCCCCUUUCCUCAACACGCGAAUAACGUCCAAGGAGUAGACACGACUCAACUUCCUCUUGUCCGAGGCGUCUGCUUGACGCAGUGUAGCUGCAGACUGUUUUUAUUUCAGUUGCGUGGCUAUUUCUCGAAUUUCUAUUCGGCAUGCCAAUAAGAAAUCGUUUGGGUUACGUCACUUUUCCAUCGUCGAAACUCAUUGGCGUUGGAUAAUUUUCAAACGAGUGUCACGUUAUCCAGGCUGCUCGUAAGCCCCUGGACCUUGGAUUGAAGAGUGGUUUUGGCAUAUUAACAAUGUUUCCUAUUCACUCCCAAUUUGAUAAAGUCUCAAAUUGUGUUUUAUUACAAAGGUCCGUGAACACCUCGUCCUGGUGAAUGAACCACCCCCUACCGCUCCCCCUCCCAAUGGGUUUUCCGCAGAGACGCUGCAGGGAUGACCGUCUUCAGAACGAUUCCGUCUCAGUAUUUCACGCAAACUGUUGCCAACUCGUGGUGAUGUCCUGUGCAGUCACAUUUUGUUUUCCACCUUUACACUUGAUUGUAAUUGCUUUUUAAACCAAGCUAAGCAAUAACAUCGUCACAUUUGGGUGUCUUACACCUGCUACCCAAAACGUGCAUAAGCUUUAUAACAAUAACCAUAUUUUGCACUAUAAGUGAUCGCUCAUCCUCUCUUAUUUGCAGCAGAGGCCAACAGUGAUAUUAGUAAACUUAGAUUGUGUUUGUAGUGAUGCUUAUGUAUAAAUGUCGUUGCAGAUUUAGACUUUGAAUGACACUUAAUUGGUUUUAUUGUUUUCAUAAUUGUUAUGGACAAACCGUAGUAAGGGUACGUCUCAGAUUUGCAGUGGUAUUUUGAAAAUUGCACAGCAGCUAACAUCUGCUCUUGACAUUUCUCUUCUGAAAUACUGUAAAAUGUGUUCUUGUUUAGGGCAGGGUAACCUGCAGCCUGUUGACGCCAAGCAUCUUUGCUGCACUAAUCGGGUACUAGAGGGGGGGACGUUUUGGAUUUGCCAACACCGUUUCUAGCAUUUCUGAGCGCCCAGUUAAUUUGUGCAGCCCUAGUGACUGGGAGCGUGUGGCCAAAAAAAAGUAUUCGAAAAUUAUUGUUGGGCCCUCAGUAAGGAGAAGGCUCCCCUCCCCCCCCGUUUUAAGGUCGUGCGACGCAUGAACAAUGUUCGACAUUUACAGGCUCAGCUGAGCAGAUCUGUUGACGAGGAGACCGAUGCUGAAAUCAAAAUAUUUUAAUACUGACACGUGGAUCACUUCAUGAGCAUAUAGCCUGGGAUUUGUCCAAGUGUAGUAUUGUUUUAGCUAGCGUUUGCUUAGCCAUUAGCUUCAUAUCUUUACAAAGCAGCAUGUUGUUGGCCAUUUCAUAUUGUUUGCUAUUUUUACAUAUUGUACACUUUUUUUCACGUACGUCUUCUACAGUUGGAUGCUGUAUAUUUAAUGUUUCAAUAAUACAUUCAAUAAUAAAGCCACAUCUUACGCGGGAAUAAGUCCACAUUAUUAAACUCCACUGGGGUGAGAACACGUAACGUGCGUAUGGCCUCGACAACUUGAGUACCAGUACAAUUACAAUACACAUACAACAGCAGAUUAGUAUCUCGCAGGAAGCACACUUUAUUGGAAGAUUGAAACCUUUCGGCCUCUUGAGGAACUACUUUAGACGAUGAGAUAUCGCGAUGUGCAGGGUCCUUCUGAGUCUCGCCACUCAGUGGAGGCUUUCCUGGACGAUCUAAAUGGCACAAACUCAUGUCGCUACAAAAUGUUUUAUUUUAAAGUUAACGAUUUUGUCUUGCAUUCAACGAAAGCACAUACUAAUUCGUUAUAACAUUACGUAAACGGCAUCAAUGUGAUAUUUAUUAAAUCCGACUGUGAAUAUCAAUGUCUAUUUUCAAGAUGCCCCACCCACAUGCUUCCCGCAAACUGUCAUUGCCGUGUUUGGGUGACAGUGGUUUAUUCAACUCCAUAAAUCAUGAACGGUUUGGACAUUUGUAGCCAAAACAUGCGAGGAAAUCUUUGCUUGAAUAACUUGGUUUUGGAAGUGCAAGCCGACGGCUUACAAUUCAGAAUGGUUGUAACAACAAACUUGAGAUGCACCGUACACCAAGGGUGGAUCGCUCUUGUCUUAUGGAACUUUUUGCGGUGUUACACGGUCUUGCUUUAGCAAUGUUGGAUAAUAGUGUUAAAGCUAUUUUAGUCCAAGGGUGCUAAAAUAAGGACAUGAGAUUAUUACUCGGGAUGACCUAUACCAUCGUGUAACUUAGAACAAAGCGUCUAGUCGAAAUAAACAUUGUGUAUUGUUCUGUUACAAUUACAUUUUACAAAACCAGCUCCCUGCCAUCACGUGGCCUGUGACUACGCAUUAUCCUGAUUUUAGUACUCGAUACUUAUUUAUCAAUUUCUGCCCUUAUUUUACAGAUUCUUCACGUGACGUUGCCCGAUGCCUGCCGUCCCUUUUUAAGCGGCGCAGUUUUAAUUCAUGGCAAUUCAGCCGCGUGAUAUCGUCACAUUGGUGGCCAAGUUGUACAGGGAAAUAUUCCACAUCUUAAGACAAAAAUAGAAUUUGUAAAAGUGGGGCACCUGACUAACCUGUCAAGUUCAGGACAGGCGUCAUUUACGUGAAGAUUAACCCAUAAGGACAAGAUAAUUCAUUUUAAUUUAACCCCUGUUCAAAAUGGCAGACUGGAGUGAAUUUGGAUUAAUAAAACUACGAAUGGUUAUUUGGUUUCCAUUUUUGUAAUAAAAGAUAUGUAAUAUACAUUUGAAAAUUAUUUACAAGUUCAUGUGAUCUCUUUGGGGAGACUGAAGAAGGGAAUUCAUGGAUUUCAGAUGACAAAAGUUAAUUGUGUGCUGGUUUGUAUCAUGCAUGACUUGUCAAAUCUACAACUUUUACGUGUGAAUCAAUAAACGAUGAAAAUAA